AUGAUUUCUCUCUUUUUUUUUUUUUUUCUUUCUUUCACUUUACACACACAGUUUUUCUUCCGUUCUACUCAUAUCUAUCUAUCUAUCUAUAUAUAUAUCUAUCUAUCUAUCUAUCUAUCUAUCCCAAUCUUCUGCUGCUAUCUAUCUAUCUAUCUAUCUAUCAUCUAUCUAUCUAUCCCAGUCUGUUCCUAUAUAUCUAAAUCUCAUAUCUAUCUAUCUAUCUAUCUAUCUAUCUAUCUAUCUAUCUAUCUAUCUAUCUAUCCCAAUCUAUAUAUAUCUAAAUCUAUUCAUAUCUAUCUAUAUCAUAUCUGUCUAUCUAUCUAUCUAUCUAUCUAUCUAUCUAUCUAUCUAUCUAUCUAUCUAUCUAUCCCAAUCUUCUGUCUAUCUAUCUAUCUAUCUAUCUAUCUAUCUAUCUAUCUAUCUAUCCCAAUCUGUUCAUAUAUAUCUAAAUCUAUUCAUAUCUAUCUAUAUCAGUCUGCUCAUAUCUAUCUAUCUAUCUAUCUAUCUAUCUAUCUAUCUAUCUAUCUAUCUAUCUAUAACUGCCUGUUCAUAUCUAUCUAUCUAUCAAUCUAUCUAUCACAUGACGAUGAUGAUGAUAUGAUGAUCUUUCAGCUUCUCUUUUCUUUGUACAUUUUACAUUUCAUUUCCUUCAUCUUUUCUUUCCUAUUUUCUUCUUUUUUUUUAAAGUUCUUUCUUUCUUUCUUUCUUUCUUUCUUUCUUUCUUUCUUUAGCACACUUUCUUCUUUUUCUUUUUCCUUUUUCUAA